GAUUUUCUGAUUUGUUGUUUUCACACACGGGUGACAAUUCACAAUUGACAGUUUUGCUGUCAGUUGUCAAAGUGACAGUUCGAGGUUAAAUCAAGCAGUAAUUAAGCCAACUUGAUCCAACUCAAAUUAAUAAAAUGGGGCACGGUUUUGGUCAAUUAUAUAAACUGCGCGGAAUCAUCACGUACCGACUAUCACCAUUUGAACUUAAGGCCUUCUCUGGCAUUCUCUCACACGGAGUUCCAAACAGUUUGAGACGCAUCAAGGACGAGAUCUUAUACGUUGUACCUCCCCUUCUUAUGGGUUACGUGAUCUACGACCAAGUUGAAAAAGAACACCACCGACUGAUGCGAAAAAACCCAGCUGAUUACGAAAAUGAUCAAUAAUUUGUAAAAAUUUAGUCAAUAAAUAGCAACUAUUAGAAA